UUUUGUGUUUUUAGGAAAAAGGACUACAAUUCCCAUCGUGGGAGAGGAACGUCAUAACCAAUCGCGAGUGCACCGUCCGCGACCAGUCCUGGCACCAGACGGGGAGUGGAGCUGCUACGCUACGUGGAAAUAAAGAAAACUACUGAAUUUGGAGCUGUCGCUGGUGCCCAGGAUGAUUGACUUGCGGGCGUGGGCAGAGUAUGUGGUGGAGUGGGCUGCCAAGGACCCCUACGGUUUCCUGACCACUGUCAUACUGGCUCUCACACCUCUCUUCAUUGCCAGUGCGCUAUUGUCGUGGAAACUGGCCAAGAUGAUUGAGGCGCGUGACCGGGAACAGAAGAAAAAGCAGAAACGUCAGGAAAACAUAGCCAAGGCCAAGAGGGCCAAGAGAGACUGAGCCACUGAGGGUGGGAGGAGGGCAAGGAAUAGGAGGGACGGCAACUGCCACAUUCAAGGCUCUCCUCACUCCACAGGCAUGUAGCCCUCCCUUGUCCCAGCCCUACCCUCAGCACAGGCCCACUAUCCCUCUCGACUGGGGUAGGAGGAGGGACACCAGGCUCAUAGGCCUAACAGUGCUGAGACGGACAGUACUGCCGGGAGGAGGCUCAUCCCAAUGGGACUCUUGUCAGCAAGAGCACAGUGGUCAUCUGUAUAAUGUGUUUCUAUGCAGAAAUCCACUGGUAUAUUGUUGUGCAGCUGUUGCAACACCUUGCAUUCCAUUUUUAGCAUCCCCUGUUUUGCUGAUUUGAUAAUAUAAUGAGCAUACUGGAUUUUUUCUUCCAGGUCACUAGUAAAAUGUCCAAUGAUUUACUUUCUAAUCAAUAAAGUUGUGAUUAAUAAGAAAA